CGGAGCCCGGGGGCGGCGGCGGGAGGAGGAGGAGGAGGAGGAGGAGAAGGGAAGAGGCGGCAGCAGCAGCAGCAGCAGCGGCAGCAGCAUGGCCGCCGGGCGCGAGCGGCUGAGCGCGCCGCCGCCUCCUCCGCCGCCUCCUCCCGCCGCCGCCGCUCCCGAGCCGGAGCCCGCGGGCCCGUUGCCCAAAUAGCCGCCCGGCCCGGCACUGCCCCGCCCGGAGAGCGCCCGGCCAUGGAGCUCGCCAAGCCGGCCUUCCCCGCGCUGCCGCAGGCCAAAGAGGACUCGGAGGAUUGGACCUAUCCCAUGAGGAGAGAGAUGCAGGAAAUUUUACCUGGGUUAUUUUUAGGCCCAUAUUCUUCAGCUAUGAAAAGCAAGCUACCUACACUUCAGAAACAUGGAAUAACCCAUGUAAUAUGCAUACGGCAAAACAUUGAAGCAAAUUUUAUUAAACCGAACUUCCAACAGUUAUUUAGGUAUUUAGUCUUGGAUAUUGCAGAUAAUCCAGUGGAAAAUAUAAUACGAUUUUUCCCUAUGACUAAAGAAUUUAUUGAUGGAAGUUUACAGAGUGGAGGAAAAGUUCUUGUCCAUGGAAAUGCAGGGAUUUCUAGAAGUGCUGCCUUAGUUAUUGCAUACAUAAUGGAAACGUUUGGGGUGAAGUACAGGGAUGCAUUUACUUAUGUUCAAGAAAGAAGAUUCUGUAUUAAUCCUAAUGCUGGAUUUGUCCAUCAACUUCAGGAAUAUGAAGCCAUCUAUCUAGCAAAAUUAACCAUCCAGAUGAUGUCACCACUGCAGCUGGAGAGAUCUCUUUCUGUCUCGCCUGGUACUACAGGAAGUUUAAAGCGAAUGCAUGAGGAGGAUGAAGAACUUGGAAACAUGCAAGUGGCAGCAGCACAGAAUGGAUGAUAUCUGAGGACACCAUUUGUAUUGUCAAUUCCUGCCAAGCAAGGUGAAGAGAACUGGGGGAAAAGAACUAAUAAUGCAAAAUGAACACACACACACACAAACACAGCUUCUUUACAAUUACAUGUUGCUUUCAGAUGUAAGUCUGCCUCUGCAACACACUAAGCAACAUUUUUAAGAUGUUGGACUUCUUGAAUGAAUAGAUGGCACUGAUUGUUUUACUCCUUUUUUACACUUUACAGUUUUAUUCUAAACCAAGAUUUUUUGGACUUGCAAAGAGGUAUUAUUGCAAUAAUGCACUUUUCAUACUUGAAAUUUCUUUAUUUGUAUGAUAUAAAGUUAUUACUUUAAACAAAAUGCAAGCUGGGGGGAUUUGUUUAUAAAGUUAUUUGUGUAAUUUAUAACAAGAGACUUUAGUAAAGAAAAAGUUUGCUAAAAUUCA